ACAUUGACAGUGACAGAUAAGAAUAAAAAAUUCUGUAUAACCUUACGUGUUUAAAUUCCCAACUUUAGCAAAUUAAUUUAAGUACCUAAUAUGGCUUCGUUAAAAGUGUAUUCAAUAGGCCGGUUAGCAAAAUGUGUAACAGAUUCGACUCUGAAAAAUUUAAGGACAAAUUACUACAGUUUUUAUUCUAGAGGUUCUGUCCGCUGCUACAGUGUAGAAGAAAAAGCUGCAGAAGAUCCAGAAAAACAGAGUAAACAAUUACCAAAUACAGUUGAAGAAUGCCAUAAACAGAUUGAAACUCUAACUACAGACCUUAACACUAUCAAAGAACAAUCUAAGGACUUUGAAGAUAAAUACAAGAGAUCACUUGCCGACUGUGAGAAUGUGAGACGUAGAAUGAUGAAACAAGUGGAAGAUGCUAAGUCAUUUGCGAUACAGAGUUUCUGUAAGGACUUACUUGAUGUGGCAGACACCCUCUCAGCGGCAGCAGAAAGUGUACCAGAAGGUGCUGAGGCUGGUGCUGGAGCUGCAUUAAGAUCGCUGGCAGAUGGAGUUAAGCUUACAAGAGCUCAGCUUUCACAGGUUUUUGCCCGACAUGGGCUUGUAGCUGUUUCGCCUCUUAAAGAAAAAUUUGACCCUAACUUACAUGAAGCACUGUUCCAACAGGAAGUGGAAGGCGCAGAAGCCGGUACAGUUGUGACUGUGAGCAAAGUUGGUUACAAAUUACACGAGCGAUGCGUGAGACCCGCAUUGGUUGGUGUCGCCAAGUGAUGUUCUACAGGGACUCCCACUGGGACCGCACUCCUUUAUUCUCUUCAUCAAUGACACAAACCAAGAUAAGACAAAUGUCCUAUUAUAAAACGUUUCUGGUUAAGUGAUGCAAAUUGUUACAAACUAAGGGUUUUGAAUAGAUAACAUAUAAAGGAGUUAUUUAAACACUCCAGAAUGUUCUUUGAAAGCAUUUUGCAAUGCAUUUCCAAUAAAAUACCGGAUAGAGAGUUUCCAGCUACAUUGUGUCCCGUAGACUUGAUUUGAAAUGACAUGAAUAAAAAAUUGUAUGCCCCCAAAAAAUGUCUAGUUUUUUUAUUUAUUUAAGUCACGGAAGAAUCUAUUGAGAUUCAGCUUGUGUCUCUAAAUUGCACAAAACACUCUCUUAACCGAAGUUUGUAACAAUAUGUAUACAUUAAAUCCUCAUAUAAUGUCAAUCAUUUUUUCAUUAUGCUUUUAUAAUUUUAUAUAAUAGCCAUAGACAAUUUUUCCCACUUUAAAAUGUGGGUAUUUUCUGAUAUUACAGACACAAAUGUACAUGUUUAAUAACUUUUUGUUUGUAUUGUAUAAGGGUGGUGUACCUCAGGGUUCCACAAUGUGGCUUUUAGUUAAAGGCGAUGCUCAUGCAUUUAAACUAAGGUUUAGUUGGGUAACUGAAACAUAUAACAUGCUUCAUAUAGCAAAUUCCAAUUGAUUUGAUUAAUUUAUGUUUAAACAUAAUAAUUAAAUUUUUAUAUUACUUAAUCAUAAUAGGUUUUCGGAGCUCCUAAUUAGCGAGCUCAGAGAGACUAAAUCAUCUAUAACCCUAUUCCGAUGGAUUAUGGGAGUUGAAGUGAAUUUACAGCAUGAAUUCACUAUAAAUGUAUCAUAAAAUUAACCAUGAUAUUAAAGUCCUUAAUAAAAGUAUAAUUCAUACAAUUAUUUGGAUGUCUUCGACAGGGCUUUUCUUCAGUUACCCAACUACCCUCUCAGGAUUCUUUGUAAAAUAGUUUUAGAAGAAAAAGUCUAGUUUAUUUUGUAUUCCAAAUGUAGUGUAGAUGUAGACUGUGUAAAAAUGGAUGGAUGUAUUGUUGAAUAAAAUUUUGUUAUCAAA